AUGUCAGGAUUUUUUGUUUCCAAGGUUGAAACUUACUUUCCUAAAAAACCAGUUAAAUUCAACUUAAAUAAUUCCGGUCCUACUUCAACUUCCAUCCCUGAAAUUGUAAAAUCUUCUGUCCCAGAAUUCAGUUCAAACUAUUCAUUUUUGAUCAACCCAUUAUUAUCAUCAGGACACACACAAACUGCUUAUACAGCUCUUAAUAAAUUUGAUAAUCAAGAUAAAGUCAACUACAAGAGAGAGAUAAUCAACAUUGAACAUAAGCCAUACUCUCUUCCAAAUGGUGAACAAUUAUACUAUGAUCAAUGGAAUGGAGAAAGUACUAUCGCUUUAGAUUAUGCUAUUCCAAAGGCACAAUUUAAGUCUGAUCCAAAUCAUGAAAGUUUUAAACCGGAGUCACAAACUAGGGAAUUGCCACCACGUACCGAAUACAAAAACCCAGAAGAGAGUUUGAUUGAUGAUCAUGAGGACAAACCUUUAUUAAUUGUAUUACAUGGGUUAGCUGGUGGAUCAUAUGAAGCAUACCUCCGUGCUGUUGUUGAUAAGAUUAUUGAAGAACCAUAUGGAUUUGAUACACUUGUUGUAAACUCCAGAGGUUGUGCUAACCAUACCAUUACUUCCCCACAAUUAUAUAAUGGAUUAUGGACAAAUGAUGUUCGAUAUGUCAUCAAUGAAGUUGUCGCCAAAAGAUGGCCAAAUAAGAAAAUCUAUUUAAUGGGAUAUUCAUUAGGUGCUGCAAUCUGUUCAAACUAUUUGGGUCAAGAAGGUGAACAUGUUUCAAAGCAAAUCAAAGGUGCCACUGUGAUAGCCUGUCCUUGGGAUUUUGUUGAAAGUAGUUAUCAUUUGAGAGAUUCCGUCAUUGGUCAUUAUAUUUAUUCACCAACUAUGGCUAAUAAUCUACUCAAGUUGUUGAAAAGUCAUCAUAUGUUAUUGGCUAAUGAUUUGGUUAAGCAAUACAUGGAAAACCCAGAGAAAUACGAAGUCAAAUUCUUGAAACAGUUUGAUGAUCAAUUUACUGCUAAAUUAUUUGGCUUAAAUUCUGCUGAUGAGUACUAUAGAAAGGCUUCUCCUGUACAAAGAUUGUUGAAUGUCAGAGUUCCCCUCGUUAUACUCAACAGUUUGGAUGAUCCUAUUGUCGGUUCAAGAAGUUUACCUUAUUCCGAAGUCAAUUUAAAUCCUUACUUGUCUAUGAUUACCACAACGAAUGGUGGACAUAUUGGAUGGUUCACCCUCAACGGUAGUAGAUGGUAUGUUGAUCCAGUCUGUAAACUUUUAACUGAAUUAAAUAAAGUGGACGUGAUUAAUGCAUCUGAAGAGGAUCUCCCAAUUGAUAUAACUAAGGAUAGUUGGCAAUUUGAUAGAUUAGUACAUGGAAUGUUACCUGCUAAGAAGUAA